UUUUGUGCUCAAAGGCAAUCUUCGAGUGUGUUUAAUAAUUUAAUUUAAAGUCAAGUGCAAUAUGUUGAAAAUGCAAAAUAUGCUUUUGCUUUUGUUGGGUUGCAACAUGUUGCUAGCCGUCUACGCAACUGGUAAUAAGAAGGAACAACAGAAUCAAGAAAUUUGGGAGCAAGACUUGUCGGACACCUUUAAAAUCGAGGGCAGCGAUCAGGGCAUUCAAAAGGUUAAUUUGAAGUGUGGCGCCAAUUCGAUGAAUGUGAUGCUGGAGACUGAGAAACCCUUCACCGGAGUCAUGUACACCCGAGGCAGCUUCUACAAGCAAUCGGCACCGUGUUUCAUGAAGCCCAAUGCUAAUCAGGGAACACGGACGCUAGAGAUGAACUUCCAAUUGGAUCAGUGCCAGACGCUAAAGGAGGGGGAACUCUACUCAAAUAUUGUUGUCAUUCAGAACGAUCCGGAGCUUAUAACGCCUGGGGACUCCGCUUUUUCGCUGGAAUGUGAUUUCCGUCAGCCACGCAGCCUGGAUGUGGAGGCCAGCAUGCAGACCAGAGACAGAGUGGCGACCAAAUCCAAAAUAACACUCACAAGUCCUGAUCCCGCUGCACCAGUGGACAAUCUACACAACUCGGUGUUUAGCAACAGUGAUACAGUAGAAUACAUACCAAAGUUUUCCAAACCAAAUGAAACCAUAAGGCUGGGCACAGUUGAGGAGGUGACCCUACCAUUGGCUCACGAAAGAGAUGAGCUCUAAAUUUACACACACACCCACCUCAAACAAAUACAAAAAUAUCUUAAUAUCACACUUGAAAAACAGUACAGG